GAAGCCUUUUGUCGCCCUCUGAGGUAAAGCCCGGAUUUCAGCGCGGCGCUCACCGGGCUACUGGGAGUCGAGUCCGGUUCGGUCUGGUCUGGUCUCGGAGGAGUGUUUAAUGCUGAAAAGAUUCCCAGACACGGGGCUCGGAAAAACAUCUGAAGGUCAGUGUUAUGCGCGUGCACACCGGACACCGGGGAUACCGUGACUGUGCUCGGGAGCAUCACCCAGCAUCACGAGCUUAAAGGGGAAAAACACCGAAUUUGUGGACGUUAAUGGCACAGAAGUAGCUUCCUUCCGCUUCUUAAAUCGCAGUAUUUCUGGGACGGUGUUUAAAGUUCAGGUGGUCUGCUUUCAGCGUCUCGCGCGCACGAUGAUGCAAAUCUACGACUCGUGCAACCAAAAGCACUCGCUGUUCAGCGCGAUGACGCGCUUCAUCGGCGCCGUGAACAACAUGGACCAGACGGUGAUGGUGCCCAGUCUGCUCCGGGACGUGCCCCUGGACAACGACGACGCGGCAGGAGGAGGAGGAGGAGAGGUGAAGAGUCCUGCACGCGCUGCCGGAAACGCUGUGCACCCGGUACCGGCUGCGUACUUCCGCACCGGAGACAUGUACGGCUACUACGUGCUGCUCAAAUCCAUCCGCAACGACAUCGAGUGGGGCGUGUUACAGGGCGACGAGCGGCGCAAAGACCCCGCGCGCAUCGAACCGGACGGCGAGGACCUCGAGCAGCUCUUCCGCUUCCACCUGAACGGCCUGCACGCCGUGCUCGGGGAGCUCACGCGCAAGGCCAACACGCUCACGAACCGGUACAAGCAGGAGAUCGGUAUCGGCGGCUGCGGGCUUUGAACUCCCUCCCACUCGCUCACAAAGUACUUGCGCUCUUAUUUCUAGCUCAAAGGCGAAAAAUCCUAUUUACUUUUUUUUUAAAUCUCUCUCUCGCACCUCCUUUUAUUUUGACGGACUGCGUUCUUUGGCUCGGGAUGACGCACGUGCUUAGUAUAUGCAAGUGUAUUUAAUAUGCAAAUAGGGAUGAGUAUCCCAGGGGACAUGACGGAGAGGCCCUGAGUGCAAAGCGCUACUAAUCCCCUCCACACCCAGGCCUUCAGUCAGUGAAGUGGAGUCCAAUGAUCAUCCUGUUUAAUCGGGUGUUGAGUGAUUCCUGGAGAUGAAUUAGCUGCAGCAUGUUUAAAAAAAAAACAAACCUUGUGUGUAAAGCUGUCUUGUGGGUUUUUUUUUUUUUUAAAUCUCAAAGCUUAAAAAAAGAAUAAACAUUUUUUUUGUAAAGGUU